CAUUUUUAGCAACAUAUUGAGUCAGUUUUAGGAUCAGGAGAGAGAGAGAGAGAGAGCGUAGAGAGAGAAGGAUGCGGAAAGAGUACUUUUGGAUUAGGGUUAGGGUUUUAAACAAUGGGGUCCCCUGAAUCUGAUGACAAGAUCACCACUAUAGCCACUUCAUCAGACUCCGUUGCAAUCCAUGAUUCCCCUAUUUUUAAGUACAUAAGCAACCUAUCCCCUAUAAAACCUGUGAAGGCAGCACCUGUUGCACCAGGCUUUCUAGGACUUGGUUCUCCUCCAAUUGUGUUCACAUCACCACGUGUUAAUCCACUCCAAGAAAGAAGUUAUUCAAAAAGGCUUCAAUACUCUAAGCCAUCAGGUGCAGAAUUAGUACAAGAGGAUAAUAAAUGCAAGAACGAUGCAUCAGGUCCAGAUAUGUCUAUGAAGUCCAAUACUCAAUUUAGCAGUGGGUUGAUCCCUUGCCCUGAGAAGGAAUUUGGUAAUAAUGGCUCUGUGCGAGAUCGAGAUGGCAGUCCCUCAGGAUGUGUUGAUGAAUACUUGGUUGAUGCUAUGCAAGUGGACUGUGCGAACUCUGUUCAUUCUGGCACUUUAAGUUUGAAACAAUCUGAUGAUGUGCCUCAAUCAUUGAAUGGUUUUACCAACUCUAAGGACUCAGUAAUAAAACAUGAUAACAAAAAUGAUAUAGGAAAAGAUGCAGAGAAGGCAGGUGUUGCUUUUCCUGCCAUGUUAGAGCAAACUGAGGACCUUCAAGGAAAGUUAUUAUUCAAUGACAGUAGGACUGUUGACACCGACGGGAGGCAGGGAAGUGUUGACAUGCCUUCUAGUGUCUGUCCAAAAGUUGAGUCUAAUUUGUCUACUGUCCAUGCUUCUGAAGAACAAUAUUGUGACUAUUCAGUGGCACAGAACGCGGGAACUUGCUUUAAGGAUGAAUUGAAUUCUAUGUCCAAGUUUCAGCCGGGAUAUUUGCAGAUCUUUCAGGAAUAUGAAAAUUGUGAUGAGACCGACCAAGCUGUCUCAAACAAAUCUGUUGACUCUAUGACGUUUCUUGAUCCCAAGGUCAUCCAACAUCAACGUGGCACCCAUAGACGUUGUCUUCAGUUCGAAGAGGCUCAACACAAUAUCAUGGCAAACAGCCCUGGUUCGUGGAAUCAAUCAAAUAGUGUAAUUAGUUCAAGGUCACCUGCUGGUAUGGAGAACUCGGAGGUUCUAGAAUCAUCUUGCAUGGAAAUGGGUGCAACUUCCAGCAGCAAGAAAAUGAUUAACUUGACUCAGCCGUCUCUUUCCAUGAUUUCUCCUCAAAGAAGUGGAAAUUCUACCUUUACAGUUUCCAAGUCAUCAGGUAUUGGCUUGCACUUAAAUAGUAUUGUCCGUGCUGUGCCAAUGGGUUGUGGGGCAACUGAAAUCAUGAAAUCAGCUGAAAAGGGUUGUUUGAGCAUACAAGGGAAGACGUCAGUAUCUAUUAUGGGCUGUCAUCCAUCACAAAACACUAAGAGUUACUCAAAUUUAUCUAAUGUGAUUCAAAAAGUUUCAGAAAGAAACGAAGAUGGUAGUCAUGAAACCCAAGGCUUAGUAGCAGCAACUUCUGCCACUUCUCAGUCUCCCCACGCUGCUAAAGCAACUCCAUAUGAUAAGAGGAAGUCUAAUUCUGAACAUUCUGAUACUGUUGAGGAGUUAAACCAAUCGAGCCCAAGAAAGAAAAGGAAGAAGGCAUUGAGUAACAAUGAAAGUGAUGGUUGCAAACGUUGCAAUUGUAAGAAGACUAAAUGCUUGAAACUCUAUUGUGACUGUUUUGCUGCUGGAAUCUAUUGUGCGGAACCUUGUGCUUGUCAAGGAUGCUUCAACAGACCUGAAUACGAAGAUACAGUUCUUGAGACUCGGCAACAAAUUGAAUCACGAAAUCCACUUGCAUUUGCUCCAAAGAUUGUACAGCGUCUCAACGAAUCUCCUGCAUAUAGUAGUGUGGAGGAAGGAAAUCAUUUGACACCAUCCUCGGCAAGACACAAAAGGGGGUGCAACUGCAAGAAAUCUAUGUGUUUGAAAAAAUAUUGCGAGUGCUAUCAGGCUAAUGUUGGUUGCUCUGAUGGAUGUCGGUGUGAAGGAUGUAAAAAUGUCUACGGCAGGAAGGAAGAAUUUGGCAUGACUAAGGAUGUGGUAACCAGACCACCCAUCCAUGAAAGAUUUGAAAGCACAUUUGAAGAGAAUCUUGAAAUGGUGGCUACCAGAAAUGGUUUGUUGCAAACUGAGCUGUGUAAUCCUCACUACUUGACACCUCUAACUCCAGCAUUCCAGUACUCAGACCAUGGAAAGGAUGCAUCAAAAUCUAGAUUUCUUUCUAGAGGAUAUAUCCCAUCACCUGAAUCUGAUCUUGCCUUGGUUCCACCCUAUGGAAAGUCCCCGGGAUCUCCUAGAAAUUCUGAUAAACACGAGAUGCUCCUGAAAACUAGGAGAGACAUUCUGGAUGUAAUUUCUUGUCAUCAGGAAUUGGAUUAUGACAAUGCAGAAACCUCACCAAGAUGUGAUGGCCUUGCCAAUAUAUGUCAUACCGCUACACUGGCUGAUGCACACUCAAUGGUCAUGGCGGCUUCAACAUCGUCAAAAACAAGGGAUUGGACAAAUGAUUCAAGAGCCCAAUCGUGUCUUGGUAGUGACUCUUUCUCAUCAGCGAGUUCCCUUCGUUGGCGUAGUUCACCAAUCACCCCAACUACUCAGUUUGAAGGAGCCAAAUUUCUUCAGGUGAUUGAUUCCGACAACAGGCUUUAUGACAUACUGGAAGAUGACAUGCCUGAAAUACUGAAGGAUACUAAUACCCCCGUCAAUGCCGUGAAAGUAAGCUCCCCAAAUAAGAAGCGAGUUUCUCCUCCGCAUAGUCGCUUACAUGAGCUUGGGUCUAGCUCUUCAGCAGGCUUGAGAAGCGGCCGCAAGUUCAUAUUGCAGGCUGUGCCUUCUUUCCCACCUCUUACCCCAUGCAUUGAUGCCAAAGAUGGCACCAAUCAGAAUAUAAAUGAUUCUCAAGAUUUUGGCAGCAACGACUGAAAAUAUUUGAGGUCGCUAAAAAUAUCAGGUGGCUUUUCAUCCUUAGGCACACAGCGCCAUUGUCACAUAAUAAUCUCAGCCGUGCCAGGAAUUCAAGUGGCACUGUCUUCUAAGGGUGGUGCGCAAUGAUGGAAAAGAGCUUGCCAUAUUGCUACUACAUGUUCACGUGUAGCCUCCUUUCUUCCGUUCUCUUUUUUAUUCAUUCUUUGGCAUUACUUCUUCAAUUGGAUGAUAUUUUGGUAUACUCAUUUUAAGUUUCUAUCCUUGUGGUUAAAGGGAAGGACAAAUGAGAUUUGCACCUAUUAAUCAGGGCAAAAAAUAAGUAAUUCUUUUUCAUUUCUGAACACAGGCUGAAAAGGUUUAUGGUGCUUAUA